CAAUCGGGACCAAUGAAAGCAUGAAAUCCUCACCCACCCAGUGACUAAGAGCUGGCUAUAUAUUUCAGAACUUUUGCAGACCCGGGCUGUAGGGUUUUAUUUGCUUUGUCCUCAGCCAGUCACCAAUUCUCCUGAUUUUGGGGGCAAGCUCCAGGCUAAAGACAGGACUCCAGGCCCAGCAGGCAACAUGAGUUUCGGCAGAUGUGCCCGGUGCAUUGGGCACUCCCUGGUGGGCCUCGCCGUCUUGUGUAUCGUGGCCAAUAUUUUGUUGUAUUUUCCCAAUGGGGAGACAAAGUAUGCCAGUGAAGACCACCUGAGUCGCUUCGUCUGGUUCUUCUCAGGUAUCGCAGGAGGGGGCUUGCUGAUGCUCCUCCCUGCUUUUGUAUUUAUUGGGCUGGAAGAGGAAGACUGCUGUGGAUGCUGCGGCCAUGAGAACUGUGGGAAGAGCUGUGCGAUGCUCUCCUCCGUGCUGGCGGCCCUCAUCGGAAUUGCAGGAUCUGGUUACUGUGUCAUCAUCGCAGCUCUUGGCUUAGCUGAAGGUCCCCGAUGUUUAGACAACUAUGGCAAAUGGAACUACACCUUUGCCCACACCAAUGGAAAUUACCUUACUGAGCCCUCCCAAUGGGACGAGUGCGUCGAACCCAAGAAUAUUGUGAAAUGGAACGUGACCUUGUUUUCCAUUCUCUUGGCACUUGGAGGAAUCGAAUUAAUCUUGUGUCUCAUCCAGAUAAUAAAUGGCAUACUUGGAGGCAUAUGUGGUUUUUGCUGUUCCCGCCACCAGCAAUAUGACUGCUAGAAGAACUACCCCAGAAGAGAAGCCAGAAUCUUCCUGAAUUUCACUGUAAUUUAUGUUUCAUUUUUAUUAAUUUGUAAAACUUUGUAUUAGUAUUUGUAUCAUAUUGCAUAUACUUUACUUUUAUAAAUCUGUACAGAGACUGGAAUGUCUGUGCUACGGCAAGACCUGAACUUGGUGAUAUCAAGACUCAUCCAAUGCAGGAGAAACUUAAACCUAUUUUCUAGAGGAUUUUCACUGGAAUAAGUAGAGAUGUCUCCCUAGCAUAUCAGGCCACAAAAUUAAGUCAUACUUUGGACAAACAUCCCAUGGAUAGAAAUGACAUUCUGAUAAGGACUGCACACAUGUGCAUGAAUAUUUUUUAGAUAAGAAGCAUCCUGGAAUUCUUUUAUUUAAAAAAAGAAGAAGGAAAGAAAACCCAGAAAGAAACCUUCUUUCACUGUGUGUAUGGUGUUUCCCAUUUGUAUAGUAUUUCCAAGAGUCUUCAGAAGUUCCUUUAGCUCAAGUGACAGUGUUAACUGGGAUGGAGGGAAUGCAUACCUGCAACCUGUGAGAAUUGCUCAACGAAGUUGUCCUGGGACUGACGAAAGAGGAGCUUAGUGUAGCUGUACCUUUAUGUUUUCCUAGCUGUGUUUUUGCAUGACAUGAAGAUCUGCAACAAGAAAGGAGCUUUGGCAAAGUUAAGAGAAGGCUGUGGAGAAGUCAUCAAAGAAGAAAACAAAGAGGGAGACGGAUUGAAGCAGUGAAAACAAAACAAAACAGUAUUAAUGGAGGAAGAAGGCAUCCAGCCCCCUCCCCCCCCCAUGACAAACUCAUGGAAGGAUAUUGACUACAGUCAUGCAGGUUGGCCCAGCAUAGAUGGGGUUAGAGUUGGUAUUUAAGUGUUUAGAGAAAAGACGGACUGAGAGUAGGUACUGUACCAAACACCCCAAGUCUUUGUACAAAAAAAAAAAUUAAAAAGCAUAUUUAUCACAUUUUAA